CACCGGAAGCAUAACUAUACCCUCAGACGAGCAGAUAUUACGACUCGUCUGUCUGAGUUUCUCAAGAACAGUUUGAAUUUCAUGGAAUAACACUGCAUUAACUUGCGAUUGUAUGACAUUUUUUCUUGUAGCCUUUCAGUACAAUUGUAGUAUUGUAUUUAAACUUAAGACGUGAGAACAAUCUGACAAGCUGGACCAUACUGGAGGACGUUCUCAGUCUUCAACGCCCAUUAAGUCAUUCGAACGUCGUAAAGUUAAGAGCCAAUGUUUCCCAAAUAUUCCCAAUGAUUGGCCACUGAAAUCACAGCCAUCAGUGUCAUCAAAGAGCUGAAUGCACAUGCUAAGCAGAACCUACACAUUCCAAGAUGUCUCGCAUGACCGAUGUGUUAUUUGAGGAGGAUGCACUAAAAGCUCAGCAACUUGAGUCUGGCAAAGCUGUGAAACGCUUCACACACCGCCAUCGACCAGAGAGUGGUCAGCUGAAGAUACGCCUCGAGACAGGUCAUAUAAUAUGGGUUGGAUCAGCCGGAACUUCAGAAAUUAUGACAUCGCUUUUUGACAUAAAAGAAGUUCGGCCUGGGAAGAAUUCAAAAGAUUUUGAGAAAUGGCCAGAUGAAGCACGAAGAGAAGAUAGAUCAAAAUGUUUUGUAGUAUGUUAUGGGAAGGAAUUUAAGCUGAAGACCCUUUCAGUGGCCGCCCUUGCAGCUGAUGAAUGUAACGAGUGGAUCAUAGGACUGAAAUACCUUAUCAAGGAAGCCCAUAUUAGUCCAUACCCAGAAAGACUUGGGCGGUUUCUUCGCACUGAAUUCUACAAUAUGGAGAAUCAGAGGAACAAGAUAACGUUGCGUGAUGUACGGACCUUCCUUCCAAAGAUCCAGGUCCGAAUGACCUAUAAUCGACUGAGAGACUACUUUGAAAAAGUUGAUGUUAGGAAAACUCAGGAAAUUGGAUUUGAUGAAUUUUAUGAACUAGUGAAAAUGAUUACGUGGGACAAGGAAGCUGAUAAACUUCUUUUCGUUGGUGAGAAUGAAAAUGAGAACCUAUUAGACAGGUAUAGCAGUGACAUGAAAACUGUGUCUCUCCGGGAAUUCGAGACUUUUUUAAUUGAACAACAAAAAGAGGAUGAAUACUAUGCUGACAGCAUCAUUAAGAAGUUUGUACAGGAUCCAGAGAGAGAUGUUAGGGAUCCAUAUUUUUAUAUUGAAGAGUUCUUUCAGUACCUCUUUUCAAAGGAGAAUCAAAUUUGGGAUAGAAGACAUGACAUUGUUAACCAGGAUAUGACAAAAUCGUUGUCUCAGUACUGGAUAGCAUCUUCUCAUAAUACGUACUUAACUGGUGAUCAGUUAGCCAGUGAUUCUUCAACAGAAGCAUAUGCUCGGGUGUUGCGAAUGGGCUGCCGUUGUAUUGAGCUUGACUGUUGGGAUGGUCCGGAUGGCACACCAAAUAUUUUUCAUGGGCAUACGCUAACAUCAAAGAUUUCAUUUAAUGAUGUCAUCAUUACCAUAAGGGAUCAAGCUUUUGUUGCAUCACAAUAUCCAGUUAUCUUGUCAAUAGAAGACCACUGCAGUCUUCCCCAACAGCAGGAAAUGGCACGGCGUUUCCGUGAGGUUUUUGGAAGUGCUCUUCUUACUGCACCCUUAGAUAGUAAUGAAACUGCAAUGCCAUCGCCUGAACAACUCAAGGGUAAGAUCAUCUUAAAACAUAAGAAGCUGCCAGAAGGAACUGAUGAAGCCACACCCUUGGCAGCAAAUAUAGAUGAACUUGGAGGAGAAAUGGAACUCGGCAAACUUAGUAUAAAGAGUGCAAAAGUAUUUCUGAAAAAUCCAGUUGAUUCAUCAGCAUGGCAGCCUCACUUUUUUUUGCUCACCCAAGAUCAUCGUCUGUAUUUUACCGAGUUGCAAAAUGAUCAGGAAAUGGAUUUUGAGGACUCUGGCAGUGAACAUCGUCUUUCUACUGAUGUUAGUGAUGAUGAACGCCACUUACAGGAGCCUUGGUACCAUGGAAGACUUCAAGGAGGUCGAAAUAAAGCAAUAGAACUUCUAGCACAAAAUAGUCACUUAGGGGAUGGGACAUUCUUAGUUAGAUGUUCAGAAAAUUUUGUUGGUGAUCACACAUUGUCCUUCUGGUAUCAGGGUAAGUCGUGGCACUGUCGUAUUCGAACACGCCAAGAGGGGGACACCACAAGGUUCUGGCUGAAAGAAGAUGAUUGCUUUGAAAGUCUUCAUGCACUUAUUGAGCACUACCGUGUGUAUGCCAUACGUUCUCAGGGUGUCUCAGUUACACUUGGGUCAGCUGUUCCACAGCCUAAUAGUCAUGAGCGAAUGGAAUGGUACCAUGCAAAUCUAACUCGACAAGAAGCAGAAGAUUACUUGGGGAGAAUAGCUGAAGAUGGGGCAUUCCUUGUACGACCUGGAGGUGAACCGUACAGUGUUGCAGUUUCAUUCAGGGUUGAUGGACGAACAAAACACUGUCGUGUGAGACAGGAGGACCAACUCUUCACAAUAGGUACUGCCACUUUUGACAGCUUAGUAGACCUAAUCAAGUAUUAUGAGCGGAACUUCCUGUUUCGGAAAGUAAAGUUACGAUAUCCAGUGACGGAACGUGUGAUGCAGAGCCUGGUAGACCAGAUGCCUCUUGGUGCGUACCCACCGGACGAUAACGGAGCCGAUCCGGCUUAUGUUAGUAAUAUCCACAUGAAAGCUAAAUAUUCUUACAAAGCCAUUCAAGAUGAUGAGCUGACAUUCCCAAAGCAUGCCAUCAUCCAGAAUGUCAAUAAAGAAGAAAGAGAUUGGUGGAAAGGAGAUUAUGGUGGACAGCGACAGCAUUGGUUUCCGGCAACCUAUGUUGAGGAGAUUGAACCAGAAAAUGUUAAUGAAAGGGGUGAGGAUAAUCAAAUAUUAGGCAGUUUGCAAAAAGGAAGCUUAGAUAUUCGAGGAGCCGAGACAAGAAUAGAACGAGUGACCUCUGCUAAUCGGUGGAAUAUCCAGUUUAUCAUCAGAGUGACUGCUCAUUCCAUUCCCCAAGUGCCACAGACUUUAGAAUUAGGUUGUACAUCUGAUGUAGAGGCGCGAGAAUGGAAGGAAAAAAUUGAUGCCAUGGCAAAUAGGAGUGAUGUGGUGCAAACAAGGCAACAGAGAGAAUCUGAAAACCGCAUAAAGAAAGAACUUAGUGACUUGGUUGUUUACUUCCGAUGUGUGCCUUUUGACCCAAAUAAGAGUUUCACACUUGGUGGCUGUCAUAAUGAAAUCUCUUCAUUUCCUGAAAACAAAAUGGAGAGACAUAUGACUGCCAAACCACCUGGUCUGCUCAAGUAUCAUAAGAUUGGCUUUAGUAGAGUGUAUCCCAAAGCAACUCGGUUAGAUUCUUCAAAUUAUAAUCCAGUUCCUAUGUGGAAUUACGGGUGUCAGAUGGUAUCAGUGAAUUAUCAGACGGGAGAUAAAGCCAUGCAGAUAAAUGAAGGACGGUUUUUACAAAAUGGCAAAUGUGGUUAUAUUCUACGACCAGAUUUCCAAAACCUUGAAGAUUAUGAUCCAGCAGAUGUUGAUACCCUAAAGAAUAUAAUACCUUUGAAUCUCAAUAUUAAGAUAUUAGGGGCAAGACACUUGACUAAAUCUGGAAGAGGGUACAUAUCUCCGUUAGUGGAAGUAGAAAUUAUUGGAAGUGACUAUGAUUGUGCUCCAAAGUAUACCACCAAAUCUAUUCGUGACAAUGGCCUAAAUCCAAUGUGGCGAAAGACUCUAAUGUACACAGUAUACAACCCUGAUUGCGCUCUUAUACGUUUCGUUGUUUAUGAUGAGGAUAUGUUUAGUGAGCACAACCAGAUUGGACAAGCUACUUACCCGGUUACUUGUAUACGAGAGGGCUUUAGAAGCAUACCUUUGAAGAAUGCUUACUCUGAGGAGUUUGAACUUGCAUCUUUACUUGUUCAUUUGAAAAUCACAAAGGAGGAUAGUGAACUUGCAAUUCAGGAACUUCGUAUAGGAGUCAUUGAUAUGCUAGAAAGAGUAAGGCUUGAAGGUAACGAAGAACUGGUACAAAAUUUGGAAUCAUGGUUGUCUCGCUGCAAAUAUAUACCUUAACCUAUUGGAUAUACAAUCUUUUCACCUUGGUACAUAAAGAGUACUUAAAGAUACUUAGGACAGGUUUUUAUGAGAGUUUUCAACAUGUUAAGAACAUUCCUUCAGGAAACGGACAUCAUAAAUGCUUUCAUCACCAGUCUGCCAAAUUUUGCUGAGAGAAUCUCUCAAGUGCAAAGCUUUUGUAUCUCUUGAUACCUUGUGUCACUCUAUCCAUCCAUCAAGUCUUUCCUAUUUAUACCAGCCAUGUUGGUUGACAUUUCACAUCAUUGAGAUAGGGUGCUUCAGGUCCUUAAAUAUAGCAUGAUAGUGUGCUUAAAUGGUUUAAAGUUUUGUAGCAAUUGCUACUACCAUGUAGUGCAGGGAUGUCUUUGCAUAGACAAUAAAAUUCAGGUGAUUUUACUAUGUAUAUUAACAAAUAUCUCAAAUCCUUAUUAUCCAGGGAUAAAUUAGAACUUUUUAGAAUAAUUUUUUCUUACUUUUCAAUGUAGGCAAAAGAUUGGAGAAGUAAUUUAUCUGAUAUAUUUCCAAGGUGCAGAAGACCUUUUUGGCUAACUGAGUAAGAGUGAAUGAAUAGUUUAGAUUCUCUGUUUCACACAGCAAAAAUCUUCAAAGAAUCAGAAGCAUAAGAUUGAAAUUAGAAAAUGUUUCAGUUUUGUGGUAUAAAUUCAGCUGCACUUUAGUAUGUGUGUUUCAUAAUUAUCGUAGUAAUAAUAUGCAAUAAAAACUAUUAUAAUAAAUCAGGCUCACAGAACCAAUGAAGCAUGUCUCUAGAUUCAUAGGACUUGCCUGAAGGAUCUGUUCUCAAAUGAGAGGUAAAAAUGAGAACAAUGAAGUUUCCCAAGUUGAACAGCUGAAUAGAUUAAGCCAAGGGAUUGAAUUAAAAAAUACUAAGCAUAAAACAACUCAGUGAAUACUAAAUUAAAAAUACAAGGCAGAAAACAACACAGUGGGGCUUAAAGGAUGUUGCCUUGAAUCUUGUACCGUCAGCAUUGAGCCAUAUAAGGUAUACAGUAAGUGUAGUCACUCAGUGGGGCUCAGUCCAAAGAAACGUUAGUGUAGACAACUUCUAGUCAGUCUCUUGGAACUUUUUUCUUUUCCUUAAUUCCAUAUGAUCAUAUUGAACUCACUGUUUGAUAUUAAUCAUCCCCAUAGUACUUCAGUUGGAAGGAUGUUAGUGAUCUCAUUUAUAAAUAGAUUUGUAAAAAUGGAAAAAAUCUCUUUUAUAAAAAUAUAUUAGAUGAAAUUUCAUCAUAUAUUAGUGGAGGACAGUGUAGUUGCAAAUCAAGAGUAUUAAAGAGGUAAAAAUAACAUAGUAUAAGAUAGAUAGUAGAGAUUGUUCAAUAGUUUCAAGAUUUUAGAGAUUGUCAUAGGCAGGUUAUUUUGGAUGAGUGAAACUGCUAGCUCUUCCUCUUGGUUAUUUCUUAUUAUGAUUAAUAAUUUGAUAUCUUUUUAUACUUUAUAAUGAUAUUAGCAAUAGUAACUUGUUUUUCAGAAGUGACAUUUUGUCAGAGAGAUGAUCUUGUGUUUAUAUAUGUAUUUGUACUAGGACAUGAGAAAAUAAUUCCUCAGGAUGGUAUGAUAGUCAUAAAAUGGUGGAGGAUAAAAAACCUUGUAACAAAGUCAUGCUUUCAAAAUUAGUAUUUAAAUACAUACCAGAUAGGUACACAUUGAAGGUAAAAUGCUGUUGUGAUAGAUUUCAAAGCUUUGUCUCAUUGAGAAUAGCAUGUCAUCUUGAGACAUUAUGUAGAAACUCCAAAAACAAGCAAAAAGAAAUUAAAUCAAUACUUGAAGAUUUUGAUUACUAAGUUUGUUGUCUUUCAGAUUUGUUUGAUGUCAUACCAUUACAUUAAAGGGUGCACUGACUGCCAAAUUUCAAGGGAUUAUCGAAUUUAGUUAUUAACAGUUCUAAACGUUUUAUGUCUAAAUAAACCUAUCCUGAAAUGAUAAUGCUAAAAAAGAAUUUUUAUUUUGGUUUAUUGACAAAUUUGUUCAUCACUUGUAUAACACUGUGAACCUCAAAUCAUAAAAAAAAUUUGUAAAAACUGUGUGAAUAAUUCAGGUCCAAUUGAGUUUAUGACUUUUUGACAGUUUUAUGCGUAAACAAAUUUAUCUAGAAAUUUUAUUGGUAUAAAAGGAUGGUUAGAUUGGUUCAGGGACAAUUUUGUUCAUUACUUUUAUGGCACUGUGAACAAAAACGACUUGUAAAAAUAUCAGUAUGAAUGAUUCUACAUUUGAUCAAGUCUGAUAUGCACUACUAUUUUGGACUGUUUUACAAUAAAUAAACAUAUCAAGAAACGUUUGGUAUAAAAGAAUGUUUAGAUUGGUCUCUUGACAACUUUUUCCAUCGUUUUUAUGGGACUGUGAACUACAAAUUUUUAAAAAAUGCAUGAAAAAGGAAUGUGCAAAAUAUUUUUAAAAGAAUAAUAGUUUCCCAUUAUAAUAUCCCAUUUUCUGUAGCACUAGAGAAAAUAGCUCAUAAUGAUAUAUGGAUAACUGGCUUAAAAAUAACAGAUCAUCUUGAUUGUUUCCCAUUUUUGAGUCCAAAAUUAUUGUUCUUUUGCUGUUUCCUGAGAAGUGUUUUUUUCACAACUAAAUGCUUCAAUCUCAAAGAAGACUGAAAUAGAUUUGUGUUUAUUCAGUACUAUAGGUAGGUAGGUAGAAUCAGUUGUAAAAGAUAGACCGAAAUAACCAUCAGUCAUAAAGUCAUUUACUUUAUAGAAAGGGGCCUUAUGACUUUGGCUCUCUCCAUAAAUGCAAAUUUUAUGUAAUAUAUAAAUCAAGAGAGAGCACAGUUCUAUUCAUUUGAUUACUAUAUUGUAAAUUUCAUGGUAUAUUUCUUAUAUCACAAAAUAGUUUCAGUGGAAAAAUUAGUCUUCUAACUGUAAGUUUCAUAGUUGUUACGAAAUAAGCAUAGUUUUUUUUAUGUUGCCAUUUUCUCAAAACUUAGUUUUUUCAGAAAUAAAUAAUUAUAACCCCAAGAAGACUGAACCAAAUUCAAUUAAACUUUUACAGAGUGUGGUAUAACUAUAUAUCUUCAUUUGCAAAGAGUAAAGUGAUUUUUGAGUGAAACUUCUUUUUUGGGCAUAUUAUUUUAGAACAGUUAUAGCUUUUUUUUUUUUUACGUUAUGAUUUUUUCAAAUGCAAAACUUUUCUGUUUAAAAGCUUUUAUUAUUAGUUGAAGAAUAAGGGAUAAAAAUUUGGAGCAACUCUCUUCAAUUAUAAAGUGACUAUAAGCAUGUACUUUAUAAUGGGACUUUAAGGCAUCGGCGCUCCCCUUAAAAUAUCGCAUGUAUAAUUUUGAUUUUUAGAAAGUAAAGUAAGGUUGGUUGCAAAUGUACAAGUGAAAAAUGGUUUCUGAAUGUAUUUAGUAAUUUUAGAAGGCAUGCUUACUUCAUGAAUAGUAACUGAUAAUGCACAUUGUGUUACUGAGUACAUACUUGAAAAUGAUCAUACCAGCUGUACUGCUGAGAGCAAAUAUCUUAUAAAACAAUGUUGCAAAUGAACCCCAUUACUUACAGUAACCAUAUCGUUUACUGUACCACAAAAUAUGCCCAGACAAAAAUUCUCCAAAGGAGGAAGUGUAACAUGCAGCAGUGCAUGUGUAAGUGAAAACUGCUUAUUUAGUUAUAUUCAUUGAGUUUUGGUUUUAAAUGCUGUGGAUUUUGCAUUUUUCUGUAUUUAUAUAAACAAAAUCCAUACCGCUUUUAGGGAUAACCAACAGGCCUUGGAAUUUAGAGCCUUUUUUGGCAGUAAUGGGAGAGUUAGUUCAUAUUUUUUAAGAUGGUUUUAGGCAAUUAAACCCAUCAUCUUCAUUCCCAAAGUCCUCUACUCUUUACUCAUUAUUGCAUCCUACAAACUGAUAAGGUCACUUGGUUAUAAGUCACACCCCAUGUGAAUAUCUCUCGAGGUUUGGUCAUAAUCCACAUCUAGUUCUUAAUGUCUAUAGUUUUCUGUUUUGUACAGUUUCAUGGGCUUGAUACAAAUUCCUUGCUCCAAGACAUGGAGAAAUAAAUUUUCCAUAUAACUUUACAAUAAUAAUAACUAUUUCCCCCUUACCUGCCCACAUUCUUAUAAGAAAAGAACUAAACAGGGAAUGAGUAGACUUGAAUGUUGAUAUUGAUGGAUCUCAUUUCAUGUGCACUUAAUCACCUUUUCAAUACUGCUAUGCUAUACUCUUCUUCCUUCAGAAAAUUUUUGUGUCGGUAGAUUUCCUGACAAAACUAAAUGGUCACUUUAAGCAGUAUGUUUGUAUUGAGAAAAAUAGUUUACUACUAAAGGAUAAAAAUUCUUUAGCUUCAGAAAUUGGAAACACUGAAAAGCUCCAAAACCGGAGUUUUUCUUUUUAUUGGUGACACAUAAUAAAUUAAAAAUUCCAUUAAGCAGUGGGAAGGUUCCCAGACAAUAUGCAGCUGCUCUUUUUCUGUCAUACAUUGUGUAUUAUUUUUCAAGAUCUUAUGAAGUUUAUAUCCCUUAAUAAAAAUUUAUUCAUAUCUGUCUUAAUCAAUAUAUAUAGUGAAUUACAUAUUUAUACAAAAAUUCAGUCGCAGCAAUUGAUAUUCAAUUCCCAAAGUCCAAAUAGCUUAUGUCACAUGUGGAUAGUGCAAGGAUUUUGUAAAUUUUUAUAUACCCUACCAAAUAAGGAUUAAUAUUAUAAUAUACUAUCUAAAUAAGCUUUAAAUUACAAUUUGUGCAGGUCAACCAUCACUAAUCUGUCAGUUGUUAAUCCGAUUCAAUCACUAAUCUGGGACUAAUUUCUGCUAGCGCAAUUUCAAAUUAGAUAUAUAUCUAAGUUAGUAUUUGACUAAUUAAUAGGAAAAAGCAAACGUUUGAUGACUAAAUGCAAAUUGUCAUAUAUUUAACCAGGUUUACCAAACCUAUGUCUCAUCUGAUGAGUAAUUACUGUUUCUUGUAAUUAAAAGCCACUUACUAUGCCAUGCAAAACAGUCAUAAACAGCAGCAAGCACUGACGUAACUAAAUCGAGAAACAGCAGUGUGCCAAUGUUUGUUACUGUAAUUAUGAUACUUUUAUUAAGUUGUCACACUGACUUAUUAAAAAUUUGCUAGUUGUCAGUGGUGACUUCCAUUACUAAAAAUAGAAUUAUUUUUAUAAACCUUUCACGCAUUUGAGAAGAUCUUAAGAUACAUAGUGUGGCUUUGAAUUUAGGCUUUGGCUGAAAAAUAAUAUUAAUGACGUACAAAAAUGUCCGGUGUUGACAAAAGCACAACAACUUUACUUGAUUGUAAAAUUUACUGCGACAGUAAAGAUAAGUUGCAUUUUUAACUCAACUUUGAUAAGCCACAAAAAAUGUCUCCAAAUUAAGUUUUAUCCAACACAAAUGGCAGUGAUGAUGUAGUUAAAAUGCAAUCAGCUGGUGUUUUUGAGAAUGAGAACAUCAUCAGAAUGCAGAUGACACAUGAUUAUACUGUUCUUGAUUCAUAACUUGAUAAUAUGACAAUAAAUACAAUAUAUCCGAAUAAAUUAAGUAAGACGCAAGUUUUAUUUAAAUUCACAUUAUACUUUAAAUACAUGCACUCACUCUUUUGACUUGUAAAAGGCUACAUGUAUUUGGUGUAAUAAUUAACAGCCUAACCAGGGCCAAAUUUUCAUACUCAUUAUGUGGUCACCUGGGGUCUGAUGCAUACUCCUAAAAUUAGAUUAAAAAUUACUUCGGAAAGUCUCAUGAUGCGAAUUUUCACAUCAAGUGAGCCUAGGAACUGCUUAAGGGACCUGUAGUUACAAUAGCAAGCAGGAAAGGAAUUUAGCUUGAAGCGUGCGCGUGCACACACACACAUAAUAGCAAAAUAUGAGAGCUGAUCUGUCUGUGUAGUUCUUACGUGAACAAAGAAUAUGAUCACAAUCAUAAAAGAAUGAACAAAGCUGUGACUAUUGUUAAAGGAAUCAAAUCAUUGACAAAAUAGGUCUUAAAACACUUCAGGAAGUAGGAAAAGUGUUGUUGAUCUGGAUAAAUGAAAAAUAGUGGGUGGUAGCGUUACCGAGGCACCUUGAUUUGCAAUAAGCCAAAGGUAAAAUGAAGUUACUUUUAACAAUAUUUAUUUGUGUUAAAUCCAAUUAUUGUUUUCUUUAGUUACAAUUAUGUUGUAUAAAAGUGAAAUACAGGCAUAUCGGAGCAAAAUGGCAUUGUCUGGAGUGGUCUGGUAUGAAUUAAUUCACUUUACAGUUGACCCCCACCUAUUUGUGGUUCAGGAUUCGCUGCUUGAACUUUGGGACAGUUUUGAUAUUGAUCUUUGUGCCUACAAAGAUUUUCAUUGCUGUGAGAUACAGUGGUUUAGACCCUAUUUCUCUUUUGUUCUUGAGGUAGGUUACUGUUGGCAUUGUCAUUUAUUGUUACUCUGAAGACCUUGCCUCCUGUUAAUGCAACAACCAAUUGCAAAGCCAGGACAAAGCCUUCAGUUCCAGGAAGUUGAGCUGCUACAUAGUUGCCUCCAACUAGUGUCCUUUGGUAGCUGACUAAGGAUGUGUGUUUCCUAAUUGUGCAUCGAUGCAUCUGUGAACGCAGGUUUCUGGAGGAUAAGGAACCAGGACACUCACUUCAGACAACUUGGGUCCAGCCACUACUGCAAAUCUGACUGAACCUACUUCAGGGUAACAACAGGGUGAACAUCUGGAAGAAUCACAGCUGACCAACAUUUUAGAGCUGUGGCUGCAGGGACCUCGUCUUAAAGUGGUUAUGUGAAACUAGCUUCUCCAGGAAAGACAAAUGUCCUAUCAGAGAUUGCCACAGCUUGGUUGAAGGGCUUUGCUGUUGCUGGAACCUUCUGGCAACCAGUAGCAGUCUGCUGAUCCUGUAUGCUGAAGAACAAACUAGCUCUGUCACUGUUGUAUCUUAGAUGGAACUAAGUCAGACAUCUUCCAGUUGAUAUGCAAGGCCAGGUGCUGUCUUGUUUUUGCUGUUACCUGUGCUAAAACUAACCCCCCCUCCCCAGUCUUUAUGUUAGCCUAGUGACCUCAGCCCAUUGCUGGUACCAAAGGUAGUUUGAAACGUAAGCACAAAAUUAUGUACCUUUCAGAGGUAGAUAAUUGGUGUCAGGUGUAUCUACCUUUCAGAGGUAGAUAAUUGGUGUCAGGUGCAUCAUGGAGAUCUAAGGAUCUAGGGCUGCCUGAAUAAGAGAAAAAAGUAUGAGAAUCAUUUAAGUAAGUACCAAACCAAGGAAAAGUGUGAAAUUCAGUUAUACACUGCAGAAUAAACCAUUAUAGACUCAGAAGCUGGCAAGACACAACUACAGGCAGUCCCCGGGUUACGACGGUCUCGGCUUACGACGUUCCGAGGUUACGACGCUUUUCAAUUAUGUUCAUCAGAAAUUAUUUCCAGGGUUAUGACGCAUGUUCCAGAGUUACAACGCCUACAAACGCUGAUCUAGCAGAUGAAAUAUGACACCAAAAAUACAAAAUAAUCAAUAUUUAAGGGUUUUUUGAUGAAAAAUGCAAUUGAAUGCAAUUUACAUAGUUUUGAAUGCACCUAAAGCAUUAAAAGUAAGGUUUUCUUAGGAUUUUUGACAAUGUUCCGGCUUAUGACGUGUCUCAAGAACGGAACCCCUGUCGUAACCCGGGGACUGCCUGUAAUAAGAAUCACUGAUUGUUAGUAACAGAAGAAAAGGAGAGAGAAAAUGUACAUUGGUGCAAGAUAAACAAAAAUGAAGUUGAAUUUCCUAACUGCCAAAUAAAAGAAAACGAUGAGGAGGAUGACUACAAACUUCUACCAAAGAGUCAUGAAGUAUGGAUGUGCACAACAGUCUCUAUUAGUUGUAAUCAUUCUUCUGUCUACAAAACAAGAAAUGUGUAAGGGGGCGUUUGACUGCAAAUGAGCAUUCAAUAUAAGUGAUAGGUCUUUAUGAAAGUCUCUUUUUAAUGAGGUUAACAAAAUAAGGGUACUCUCCAUACUUGUGAUUUUUCUUUAUAUUUGACAGGCCAGCAGGUUGGGGACCACUCUCCACCACUUCUAUGCUUUAGAUGCCAGAUGCCACAGAUUCCUUGCAUAUACAAUCUUUGAUUGUUUUUAACCAGUUUCCAGCUGGCAUCAGAAGAUUUAUCCUAUUGUUAUGACUGAAGGUUUGUUAGCUAUAAAAAAAUACAAAUUGAUUAGCAAUUUGUCAUUUUCAGAUGAAAAACUAAUCCCACGGCAGCCCUGAAGCCUUUGAUAGCAGACACAGAAAGAUGCUUCUCAGUUCUGAGGAAGAUCAGAGUUUACUCUCCACUGAAUAGAAGUUCUGAGUGGAGAGAAACCCUGUUAACAACACCUAUCAUAAAAGUAGAUGGCCGACUUGCCCUGGUACACAGCUGAUGAAGAUCUUCCAAGGUAGCCGGACAUCUGAAUUGUUGCUCUGCGAGAAAAACCUCUCGCUCGUAAGAUAUACUGGACAGUCUCAACUGUGAAAAGAUAGGGACCCUACCAACUGGUGGUACCCCUCUACAUGAGGUUGGCAGAGAUGGUUGUGCCAAGGGGGAAUUUCUCUGAGAACCGCUGACAGAAGAGACAGGAGGUCUGGGAACCACUCUCCUUGGGGCCACAAAGGAGCUACCCGGGUCAUCCAGAGAUUCCCGGAACCCAUCACUUUGUUCACGACGUCACCGAUUGGCAGAACGGAGGAAAGCCGUAGGGUGCUGAAGGGUAUCCUCCGCCAUGGCGAACAGAUUCAGGGUCACCGAACAGUAGACCUCUAGCCUCCUGUUGAAGCAUUUUGUGAAGAGGUCUAACAUGGGUCUUCCCCAAAGGUGAAAUAGCCUAUCUGCUGUGUCUUAAUGCAGAGACUGCUCCAUACCUAGAAUGUACCUGGCCACAGUCUCCACUGUGUUUUCGAUCGCCCACUGGGUUAAUUUGAAUGUCAACGAGUGUUCAUGUUUAACAAGGGUCUUUACCCCAGUGUUGAUGUGGGUUAAUGCUCAGAAGAUUUGCCUGUUGAGGUAUCUCGAUGAUUGGGUAGUCUUAGCAAGUUCCAGGGAAAAACUGGUUCAGGGCAGGGACUGUCUUCUCCACUUUUGUCAGAGCCUAGGCAUUGUGGGAAAUCUGGAGAAGUCCAACCCACUUCCCAGCAAGUGGAUUCUAACCUGGAAAUGGUGAUAGACACAGCAUCGUCGAGAGUUUCUGUUGGACCUGAGUUACAGAAAUUCUAGACUGUCUCACUUGCGGAGCUGUUGUCAAGCCGAAGCAAAGGACCUUGAACUGGAAGACAUGCUUCCCUAGGCUGAAAUGGAGGAUUUUCCUGGAAAAAGGGUGGACUGGAAUCUUAAGUAGGUGUCCGUUAGGUCUACUGACAGGAUGAAGUCGUUCUCCCUCAUGGCUGCCAAGACUGUCUGGGGUGUCUCCAUCUUGAGCCUUAUCUUCUUGAUAAAGUGGUUCAGCAUUGAAAGGUCUAUUACCGGCGUCCAAUUGCCAAUGGUUCCGCACCAGGAAGACUCGACUGUAGAACCCUAGGGAAGGAUGAUCUACCUUCAUCACUUCCUCUUGAAGAGCCAGGUGCUCCGGAGAGCCUCGUGUGUACAUCAAGUGCAAGAGAGGGUGAUCAGAGAGAGAAGGAAGGAAGUCAAAUGGAAGUAGAUGACUUAUUUUUUUAUUUAUUUUUUUUAUUUUUUUUUUAUCGACCACUGAGUGUCGACCAUGAAUCCUUCCCUUGGUCUUCCUUACUUUCCGACACUCUUGUGGCCUCUUUCGUCUGUCUUAGGCUAGUAAUGCAGCUAUGACACUGUCCUGGAGGUUCCUCUCGAUGUCCAAUCCGGAUAUCUCCACCGACGUGGCUGAGAUGUUCAAUCUGAACAGCCAGUCGGGAACGUCGUCCGGGCCAACCCUGCCGGGCAUCCUAGGUUACGUCUCCACCCCCCGACAUGCCCAUGUAAUUACUAUAUAUGUGCACCCAUUGUUCAGGGUUCUUAUGGAUAUAAUUUCCAAGUCGUUAGUGUCGAGGCCCAGCCCUCGGCAUACUAGGGAGGUUUGGUGGGAUAUUAUCCCACGCCAGUUGAUGGUGAUAGCUUCAAUCGUUGGGUGUUUUCCGGUAAGGGCUUCUGCAUAUCGCUUUAUGGCUGGUUUGUUAUACUUAUUUAUUUUUUCCUGGUGCAAGAGUUCUAUAUUAUUUACAUUGGCAUCUGCCGUUACUUGAACAUCUAGUAUUGCUGACCUUUCGUUGUUACACACCGGAGAUCUGGUUUCCUGAGUCCCUCUGGUGUGGUGAUACGUGGCUCAUUGAUGGUACUGUAGCCCUUUUCUGUAAGUUUCUUCCUUAUAUAUUCCUUGAUGCUAUCAUGUCUUUUGAUUCUCCAUGGCUGGACAGCUGGGCAAACUUGGAGAAUGUGAUGUAAGGUGCCUGGGAAGGGGCAUCCCAGAUCGCAUUGGGCACUUAUAUCCCUUCCUCUGGCUGAACAGGCCGGGGUAGUUAGAAUUCCCAGUCUCAUUUUUAUGGCGUUAAUGAAGCUUCCUCCCUUCAUGAUCUUGGUUCCGGAGUCGAUCCAUUUGGGUUUGGGCCCACUAGGGGCGUCUUGCAGUCCCUUACUGUCAACUGUUCUAUAGAGUUCGUCUUUCCAAUUACGUACUAGGGUUCCAUCCAGCGACUGUUCUUAGAUUAACUUUCUCUUUCAGCUACCAAGGUGUCAGGAGACCUGGUAAGGUGGGUGAAACACUUUCGUAUUUCAUUUGGGGUUUCCUGGGUGAAGUUGUAGAGUCCCAAACCUCCGUCCUUAAUUGCCUCGUAGAAGGCCGCUGUUGGGGUGUCUCGUGGUAGAUGCAGAGCAUUUCUUGUGAACUUUCUCAACUCCUUAUCGAGUUCCUUUAGAUGGUACUGUUGGAGCUCGCCGUAUAGAACCAGGUGUUUCAGUCUGGGUAUAGCUACGCUUUUGAUGGCCCAGAAUUUCUGCUGCGGCUUGAAGGGGCCUUUCUGAAGAUGGCCUAGUUCAGGAUUUGCCCGACGGCUUUCUUCCCGUUGGUGUUAAUGCGGGUUCUGAUCUCAAUACCCAGGUAUUUAUACAUGCCGUUGGGCUUCAGUGCUGGGAUUCUCGUGUUGUUUAUGCUGAACUCCCUAUCAUCUGAGUACCACGUCUGCCUCCUCCUGUCACCUAUUAUGCCCAUGGUGGCACACUUGCUUAUCCCUGGUGAUAAGCCUACUUCUUCAACGCUCUUUAUUAGCGCUUCGAUGGAUAGUUGGAGUCCUUUCCUGGACUCGGCUGUGAGGACGAUGUCAUCCGCAAACGCCAGGUACUUAAUGAGCUCCCAACCAAGCUGCACCCCUACUCCUGGCAGGAGCUUAGACAGGGCCUUGUCCAGGGCAAGGCUGAAGAGGAGUGGCGAUAGCGGGUCUCCCUGCAUCACUCCCCUCCUAAUGCUUGCCCUGGUUCCGAGGAUUUCUGUGGAGAUCUUCUCGUAAAAGCUAGUCAGAUAUUCUAGUGAGUCACUGCUAAAACCGACAUCAUCCAGGGCUUCUAUCAGUUAAGGAUGCCCUACUGAAUUGAAUACCUUUUUAAAAUCUAUAUACGCCAAGUGUACAGUAUUAAAUUUUCUUUUUGGUUCCUUUAUUAUAUCUUUUAACAGCAUGAUAUUUGCACUAAUCCCCUCUUCUGCCUUGAACACUUUUUGUCUUGUUGAGGAGGGGAACAGCUCUGCCACGUGUCUAGCCAAGAUUUUGUGCAAGCAACGAAUUACGACGGAUGUAACUGUGAUCAGCCUGUAGUCCCCGGGCCCACGGGGAUUGUCCAUUUUCGAUAGUAGGCUUGUGCGGCCGCUCGCCCAGUCGGCCGUGGCAGUUCUUUUCGCCAGAAUAAAGUUAAACAGUUCCAUGAGGAAUGGAGACUCUGCAUUCCUUAGAUCAGAGGGGCAAAUUCCAUCCGGGCAAGGAGCCGAGUUUAGCUUCAUUCGUCGUUUCAUCCACUCUACUUCAGCGUUUGUCACGGGUUCUAUAAUGGAGGUCCUGUCUAUUGCUAUCGGUUCACGGUGAGGGUUGGUAGGCAGGCUAGGAGUUUCAAAAAGAGACACCCAAAACUCAGUAGUACCUGGCGGAUGGCAUGUCCUGGCUAAGGGGUCUCUGCCCAUCAAGGCGUUUUGCACCACUCUUCCUCUGUUCUUUGUCCAUCCUCUUUUGAGUGACUGCAUAUUGGCGUCUCCUCAGUACUCUCCGGGAUGCUUCUUGAUGGUUCACACAUCUUUGGAUGUUGUGGACGGCUCUGGCUCUCCUUUCCCCGAAGAGGCUAUACUUCUUCCAGUCAAUUUGUUGUUCUAUAUUUGUAGUCUCCUCACUACUGGAGCUGCUGGAUUCUGAUGAAUUGCUGGACGGUGAAGACGGGUCACUAUUUGGAUGUCCUGGUGCUUGCCUGCACCACUUGUCGAAAUAAUCAUUCAUCCCAUCCUCAGGUGUUGGUGGGGUUCCAUUGUUAGGCUCAAGUUCAGUAAGGUAGUCGUCGUUUGGUGCCCUCGGUUGCUCCCAUGAAGUUUCGUCUUCUUCCUUACCUGACUUCUUCUCUUUGGUCCAGUCGGUGGUCAUCAUUGGUCUCCUUGAACUCCUCCUUAUUGCUCCUGAUUCCUGAAUGCUGUUUACAGAUCCGCGACGAUUGUUGUAGUAGUCCUGGAUUUCUUUUAUGUCAGCGCCUGUUAGCUUUUUCAGCUUAAUUUCCACAUUCUUCAUUGGUGGUACCUCGUAUUCUUCAUAGAUGGUCGUCCUUUCGUCUGCGGUGUUCUCUCUUCCUGUACGCUGCAGUAUUCCGUUUGUUGCGGAUACUGUUGAUUGACCGCCACGGGAGCACUUCUUGGUGGAUUAAGGUUUUUAUCCGAAGGUGAGUGGUCCUGGUCUCUUCAUAUUUCAGCAUUCCAGUUAUUUCUUUCAGUCCACUCUUUGCGUCCUUGAAUGAUGUUCGUCGUCGUCACUGGUGCUUCUAUUUCCAUUUCCGAUGGUCUGGUUUUUAGUUCGGCUAGGAUGAGUCGGUAUUCUGGUGACUUCCUUUUCCCGCUGAUGCUGUUGGUCGUUCUUUCCGGGAAUAGUAUCUCUUGGAUCCUCUUGUUGAAGACUGCGCUGCUGUUCUGCGAUUCGUAGGCAGCCAUCAUGUGGAGCUCCUCUCUACCCCACACCUUGUUACGCUGUUCUACAAGGCGGUGAAUAUUUUCUUGAUGAAAUGCUUUGGGGUGCAUCCGCCUUUGAUGCAACCUACGUCCAUUGAAGUUUUUAAAAGUUCUACCACAUUCUGGGCACAUCGAGGGGACAGCAGAUCGUUCCCCGGCGUCGUUAGUCCUGCUGCUUGGACUCUAGCUCCCUCACUGUUGACACAGGUGGAUAUUUCAACAGGGCGGACUGUCUGUGCUGCUUGCACAGUCUGCGCUGCUUCCACAGAUGGUAACAUCAGAUUUAAGGGCUGAAGUUGUGCUGCUUGCAUAGCUUCUUAUGUUAGGUUCAGCCUGAGUUUGACUGGGACCAGUGGCAAGGGUUUGGCCUGUAGGAUUAAUUUCGUUCCCCGAGGGGAAAGGGCAAUUGUUCGACAUUUCUGCCUUACAGAUAACCAUCAAUCACCCUCUACUUUUCAGCAGAGGUGAUGAGCUCAAGUUGAGCCUUACUGCACCGAAGCACAGCAAGUUACCAGCAAGAACCACAUGGAGGUAUUGAGCUCUGUAACUAUAACGAGUCAUAGUUACUAGCAAUCCUUAUGCUCCAUGCAAUUGUCACAUGGCUCAGUGGCUCUCCAGGCAUCCCCAACCCAUUUCAAGGGGGUUGGAGUGGCACCCUCUCAAUCAAUGAUCUAAUCUGCCCCUGCCCCUAGCCCCCCUCCUUGGUUUCAAAGAGCGAGGCUGAAAGGGAUGCUUCUGUGGCUGCUUCUUUGGAGUAGGCACUGUCUAAGAGGCCGUAGUGGAAGUCGAUGGCUUUUAAGACUUCCUGGCAGGUGUCUGCUUACUCUGCCUCAGAGCUGGAGGUCGAGAAUGAUCUCUUGAUUUAGUGACACCUGCUGGACAAGAUGAUCGUUGCUGUCAGCCCACCUUCUGUCUAUCACAGCCUCCAACUGAUCUUUAGGUAGAAGGAGCUGGGAUUCUAGAAGAUAUUCAUUCCAUAGAGACGAAAUCUGUAUCUACAGAACAAGCCAAUUUAGAAAAGGCUGCAUCCUUUCUAAUUAGGAGCAAGUUAGUUCACAAAUUAGCAUGCAGAUGUCCCAGAUACGAAAUGUGCUUCGCACCAGAUUGAAGUAAUCUGAUGAAAGAUGUAGUGCUGACAUGUCCUCAUGUAGAAUGGGACAAUAUUAUCGUAGCCACUGCCGACGAACACACAUCCAUAUAAGAGACCAUCUGAAAGGUAGAAGAGGUAGUUGACUCUUAAGGUAGAAGCCUCUUGAAAGUUAAUGGAGGGCCCUAACUUGAUCCAAGGUCAAACCAAGUUCAGAUGAAUCACAUCCAAAUUAAGCUUGUAAGACAUGUUGGAACAUAGAGAAUUCUCCCGUCCAAAAAAUUAACAUGCUGCAAAAUCGAAUAAUCAUGCCUAGAACAUGGCAGCUCAAAAGAAGUCUUCACAUCCUUCUUUAGUCCAGGUCUCAGUCCUCUCAAAGAGCUUAUUGUACUCACAAAUGAGAUCAAUAACCUCCAUGUAGGAAGAAACUUCCAACUCUCCCAAUCCUCUGUAUCCUGCAUCGAAGUCCAAACUCCUAAAGUAGAAGGCCAAGAAAGAACCCAGUCACUUUCUCUGGCCACUGGAGAACUCAUCCUUGAAGGGCAAAUGUCAUCUCUUUACCUUGGGGAAUUGCAUCCACGAAUGAAGGAACAUAAAUGUGCGUCCGUUUCCGACUUGAGAAGAUUCAUGUAUAGUAAUAACUCAAUUUUACGCGAUUCGAGUUGCGCGAAUUCGCAAUAGCGCUAACUUUUCAUUGGAACCUAUCUAAUUAUCAUAUGCUAAUACUAUUUCACAGACACACGAAUGCAAACUCAAAAUUUUUGAGUUCUUAAGAAAUCCUGCGAAAGUGUUUGUUUAAUUUUUUGUGAAAUUUAUGUUUUCAAACUUUUAUGUGUAAAGUAAAUAACAUUAGAUAAUAAAAAUAAUUCUCUCUCUCUCUCUCUCUCUCUCUCUCUCUCUCUCUCUCUCUCUCUCGUCCUCUCUC